UAUCAACUCCGAUAGAAGAAGUGAAAUUGUUUGGUGUAGACUUAUAAUUUUAGCUUGAAAGUAAGCAUUAUGAGCUCAUUUUUAAUGGGUUAUCCACACGCUCCACACCAUGUACAAAGCUCUAUGAGCAUGGGAAAUGGCUUGGAUCCAAAAUUUCCACCCGUCGCCGAUGAUUAUCAUCAAUAUAGCAAUCAUUACUCUAUGACAGCUUCAACGGGUCAUAUGGGUGGUGGUACGGGAUUAGGAGUAGGUGGAAAUGGUGCUGGUAACAGCAUGCCAACACAUCCACAUGCUACUCAUCCUGCAGAUAUGGUUAGUGAUUAUAUGGCCGCAGCAGUUCAUCAUCAUUCGCACCACACACACUCACAUCACCAUGCAAACAAUACACUUUCUGGACAUCAUCAUCAAAAUAGCAACUAUUCUAACUAUUCUUCUCCUCAAGCACAUCAUCAUCAUCAAAGUUUAGGUUAUUAUGGUCAUCACGCAGCGGCGGCGGUGGCAGCUGCAGCAGCAGUCCAUCAUCAACCGCCUGAGUAUAUAUCAGCGGGUGCAGUACAUUCGGAAUCAGUGCCCUUACCAGGUGCCUAUGCUCCGACGGUGAAUACACCAAAUGCUAAUAAUACUGCGAUACAUGGAAAUGGUUAUUAUGGUGGUUAUUAUGGUACAAAUGGAAGUAUUGGUAGUGCACAUUCUCAAGGACAUUCACCGCACUCUCAUAUAAUGGAUAUUCCUUUGCAAUGUGGAUCUUCUAGUGAACCGCCUACGAACACUGCACUUGGUUUGCAGGAAUUAGGUUUAAAAUUAGAAAAACGGAUAGAGGAAGCUGUACCUGCUGGUCAACAAUUGCAAGAGUUGGGUAUGAGGCUACGUUGUGAUGAUGCCGGUUCCGAUAUGGACGACAUGCCUGAAGAAGAUCGCCUAAUGUUAGAUCGGUCACCCGAUGAAUUAGGUUCAAACGGAAAUGAUGAUGAUUUAGGCGACUCAGAUACAGAUGAUGAUCUCAUGGGUGAAACAACGGAUGGUGAAAGAAUUAUUUAUCCUUGGAUGAAAAAAAUACAUGUUGCUGGUGUCGCGAAUGGAUCUUAUCAGCCUGGUAUGGAACCAAAAAGACAGCGUACCGCCUACACACGUCACCAAAUACUCGAACUGGAAAAGGAAUUCCAUUACAAUCGUUAUUUGACCAGACGAAGACGCAUCGAAAUUGCCCACACUUUGGUGCUGUCCGAAAGACAAAUAAAAAUCUGGUUUCAAAAUCGACGGAUGAAAUGGAAAAAAGACAAUAAAUUACCGAAUACGAAAAAUGUAAGGAAGAAAACUACAGAUGCAAAUGGUAAUCCAACACCAGUAGCUAAAAAGCCAAAGAGGACGAGUGCGAAAAAACUGGCACAACACCAACAACAGCAGCACCAACAACAGACGCAGCAACAACAACAUCAGCCUCCAGUGAUGAAUGAGUGCAUACGUUCUGAUAGUUUGGAAAGUAUCGGUGACGUCAGUUCAUCACUUGGCAAUACUCCGUACAUACCUGCCGCCGGUGAUACAACAAAUAUGCUGUUACCACAUCAGCAACAUGCGUGUAAUGCCAACAACAAUAAUACCAAUUACUCAGGAUCUCAGCAUACGAACAACAAUAACAACAACAAUCUUAACAAUAACAAUAACAUCAACAGCAACAACAACAAUCAGCUGCAUGCUGGCAUGCAUCAGCAACAUCAACAGCAUCAACAACAGCAACAAGAUAUUUUGGCAAACCUGCAACAUAUAAAACAAGAUUAUGAUCUGACGACGCUUUAAGAUUGAUUGGUGAGGGAGAGGGACUAAUAGUUAUAAUCAAAUUUUACUCGUUACUUAAUAUCGAGUGUGGUUUUUAUUUACUGUUUUGAACUGCAUCGGUGAACGCACUUAUCUAUCUUUUCGUU